AUGGCCUCCUGUGACGACGAUUUUUCACUCCUCGACGACCACCACCACACCCCCAAUUCCUCCCAACCCUCCGCCGCCACCGGCGCCCAUCCGCCGCCGUACGAAAUCGCUACGUUCGAUCCGGACUCCGACCCGUUCGACUCCGAGCCAGAUCCGAACUCCCUGUCCGGAAAGCGGUCCAUCGAUCGGGAUGACGUCCACAGCGGCACGUCGAAAAGGACGAGACUGCCCUCCGCCGGGGACUACCGGAAGGACAGGGAGGAGUGGAGCGACUCGGCGAUCGCGUGUCUGCUGGAGGCGUACAGCGAGAAGUUCGUGCAGCUGAACAGGGGGAAUCUGAGGGGUCGCGAUUGGGAGGAGGUGGCGGUGACCGUGAGUGAGAGGUGCGAGAACCAGAGCAAGAGUGUGGAGCAGUGUAAGAACAAGGUGGACAAUCUGAAGAAGCGGUACAAGCUGGAGAGGCACCGCCUGAGCAACGGCGGCGGGGUUAUGGUGAGUCACUGGCCUUGGUUCAAGCAGAUGGAGCAGAUCGUCGGAAAUUCCAUCGCCGCAAAGGCCGCCGCGGAGGAGGAGAAGUCCGGUGGCGGUUCGUCGUACUCUGCUAGGCAGUCUAAGAGCAGACUUGGAACUUUGGUUGCUAAUCCAGUUGGCCAAGUUAUGAAUGUGAAAAAAGCAUCCACAAAUCUAAGGUGGCGAAGAGUUGUGUUCAAAAUUAGCGGUGGUGCUCUGUCUGGAACUACUCCUAACAACAUUGAUCCAAAGGUGGCCAUGUUGAUUGCAAGGGAAGUUUCAGUAGCCUGCCGUGUUGGUGUUGAGGUGGCUAUAGUUGUUGGUGGCCGCAACUUUUUCUGUGGAGACACGUGGGUUACGUCAACUGGUUUUGAUAGAUGUACUGCAUAUCAGAUUGGAAUGAUGGCGACAGUGAUGAACUCUGUACUGCUACAGUCAGCUCUGGAGAAAUUGGGCGUGCAGGCACGUGUACAGAGUGCGUUUUCCAUGCCGGAGGUUGCUGAACCUUACAGUAGGCAACGGGCCAUUCGGCAUCUCGAGAAAGGAAGAGUAGUUAUUUUUGGUGGUAUUGGGGCUGGCACAGGGAACCCACUAUUCUCUACGGAUACAGCAGCGGCUCUUAGAGCAUCUGAGAUUCAUGCGGAUGUUGUCAUGAAAGGCACGAAUUCUGAUGGCGUUUUUGUUUUCGACUCAAACGACAUUUCAUCGGAGCACAUUUCCUUCAGGGAGUUGGCAUCGAGAGGCACAUCCUCCAUGGAUAUGAUGGCUCUCACAUUCUGUGAAGAAAACGGGAUUCCAGUUGUCAUUUUCAAUCUCCAUGAGCCCGGGAAUAUAUCGAGGGCAUUAUGCGGAGAACAGGUUGGUGUACUGAUUGAUCAAACGGGUCCCGUUGGUUGA